GUCGUAUGCAUAAAAAUUCUAAGAAUUUUCUUAAGUUUAUGCUUAACUUUCUAAAGAAUAUUCUCAACUAAGCAAUAUGCUUAAUUUACGUUGCAUAAAACUUCUAAGCAAUAUGCUUAGUUGUUCUUAGCUAAGCAUAUCACAAUCUGCUUAAGUAUAUCGUUGCUAUGUCAAACGUCACUUCCGCUUUCACUUUACUGUAAACAAAUAACGCAUGUGGUUUUAGCCAAAUCCCAACAAUUUGUCACUGUAUCAUUUGAAAAUAAAUUAAAUGUAAUAAUUAAUAUGUUUUUCUAUGAUUUAUUAUGUUUAUGGUUUUUGUAAUACGGAUAAUCACUACGCGAUAUUAUCGUCUGCUUUUGACCGGCGUUGAAAAUGGCAGAAAACAAAGAUGAGGGUCCUACAUGUAGCGUACCGAAGAAGAGGAAACCAAACUGGACGACAGACGAAUGUUUAUAUCUAAGCAAAUUGGUUGAUGAAAACAAAAGCGUACUUAGGUCUAAAUUUGGGACAGGGGUAACGACAGUUAAAAAAAGGGAAACCUGGGGGAAAAUUACAGAUGCCAUCAAUGCCACCUCCUCUACCAAACGUUCGGUAGAGGAAGUUGAGAAAAAGUGGCACAACAUUCAGAUGAGAGGAAAGGCGGAGAUUGCCGACGCAAGACGCAGUGCCAAAAAAACAGGCGGCGGACCAGCAGGAAAACCCCUUACCCCAUUAGCAGAGGCCGUAGAGAGUGUUAUCGGAACUGAUAACAUCAGCAUAUCUGGAAUACCUGGUGCAGUCGAUACAACCUUCCUAAUGCUUGACAAUGAACACAAUACAGCAAAUAUAGCCACGAGAACAGUUGAACAGCGGCCUAGUGCAGUGGUCCAAGAUCUCCAAAUAUUAAGCACCAAUGAAAGCGGUGACGGGCAAAUUAAUUUGGUUACCCUCCCUGCACGGAAGUGCAAUACAUGUAGCUGCAGCAUCGAUUCCUGUAUGGGUGACCUACAGAAGAGAAAAUUAGAACUGGAAAUAAAAAAUUUCACGCUUAGAAAUACCCUUGUCAAACUCCAGAUAGAGAGGCUACAGAACGACUCAGAGUGAUGGAUUUGGUGGAUACAUUACAUGAUCUAAAUUAAAUAUAAAUUACAUAGUAUUUUAAAAUAUUUAUUUUAUUUUAUUGUAUAUUAAGAAAUUAUUUAUUGUAUAUGUUGAAUAUGAAGUUUAAAGUUUUCUACGAUAAUUGAAAGUGAACAUUCGUGUUGUUAACAGUUUUAAUGUUAUAUAUAAAGCUAUAUGCAAAAUUUAAUUGAUGUUUUUAAAAGAAAGAAUGUUUCGUUGUGUUUCGUGUUUAAUAUUUUAGGUACAUAAUGUAUAAACCUUCUUUAAG